ACAAAGAGGGAGGGGAUUCUUCCAGCAGCUUCUAUCACUGCGCAGAAGAAUAAGAUGCUCAGAGCAUCACAACUCACCCCUGCACAAAGGGAGUUGAUCCUCCUGAUGACCAGUGUCACUGCGCAGAGAAAGGGAAUCUUCCCAAAGGCCAGCGUCCCUGCGCACAGGGAGUGGAUCGUCCCAAAGGCUAGUGUCCCUGCAGAGAGGGAGGAGAUCCUCCUCACAGCCAGUGUCCCUGUGAAGAAUGAAAACAAUCAUCCACAACCACCUCCCAUCAUCCCCAUGGUGGCACCACUGUGGAAAUGGGAUGGUGGAGCGUGUAUUCCACCUGUGGAUUUCUAUUCCAAGAGAAGAGAUGUCCGACUUAGAUAUGUUGAGCAUCCUGCUAUGAUGUCCAUCACCAAGCCGGAACACUCCGAUGCCAACCCUCUGUUCCAGACUGGCACCCGGCCGGUGGCUGAGCCCCAGACCCCUGCUGUUCACAAUAACAGUGGAGGCUGGCUCAGCUGGGUCUUUGGGAGUGGAAGAGCUAAUAAGAAGGAGGUUCAUCUACCUGAGGACAAAGACAGAUCUAUUGUCUGGGAUCCAACUCUGCACAGAUGGGUUAACAAAACUGAGCCCAAGGCUGAGAACAAGUGUGUACCACCACCUCCACCGAUGGGGACAUAUGGAUAUCAGGGGAACACUGGCAGUGUCCCCAAAGGAGUGAAUCCUUACUCUAUGAAAGCAGCAGGUCUAUGGGGCAGCAGAUACCCUACAAUGCAUUUCAAUGAUGGGACAAACUCAAAGCCUCCAAGCCAUGGGCCUGGACUGCUUACUAGACAGCUCUCUGGCUUGCUCCCUCCUUCACACUUUGACCUCAUGGCACCAAUGGUUGUGCCACCUGACACUCUACCUUACUGAGGCCAAUUAACCAGAGUGGAUUUGCCAAACAUAAAUUUUUUCAGUGUUAAAAAACUUCAGCAUGA